UCAUCGUGAAAGCAUCUAUAUAUCGCUCCGUUCGCGUUUGUUCGCCGCCGUCGGAAGUUUUUUCUUUAUAAUUUUCUCUCUUAUCGCCAGUUUACUUAAUAAUAUAAGACAAUCAUAAAUAUGUAAAACAAUAAAAUCUACUUAAUUACUUUAGAAGUGAGGUACAAUCUGUUCCGCGGCAGACGCAGCAGUUGAAGCUGAAAUGAUAAGAUAAUAAUAAAUAGUGAACCAGUGAAAUGGAAUUUCCGUAAGUGCGCAAAUAUUGUAAAAUGAUUUAGGGCGUAAUCCGCUUCUGUAUGCCGCGCAGUAUUAUUUUUGUGUUUAAUUAAUUUCAUUCGGCACUGGCCGUGGGAAGAUCUGUUUAUGUGAUGAUGGAGUGAAAGCUAGCUGGAUAGUGACGAAGUGAACAUUUUAUGACGAGCAUACUGGCCAGCCGUUCGGAUGAUGGUGACAUAAAUUAAAGACUUUGUCAUCAAAUCGUCGCAAAACUACAACACGCAAUCGAAUCCGGAUAGCAUCCAAUGUGAAAAACAUUCCUCUUCGCUCUCGAACGAAUCGUGCAAGGUCUGUGAAUGCGUAUUUGUAUGUAGCUACAUGUAGCAGAAAAAAAAACGAAAGGAAAUUCCCGCAAAGCAGAAAAUGUGUCGGCUCGGGCGCUUUAUGUAACCCCGAACACAGUACAUGUGUACUCAGGCGGCUUGAGCAGUGCCAGAAUGCGUUCGGAGUACGAAUGGCUUUCGAGUACCUAGUGGUUCAGUGCAGCAGCUGGCACUAGUGGCGGGCAGUAGUAGUAAGUGUGAUUCAUGAUGCAGUUUCUGUAGUCGCAGCAGAAAAUAAAGAUGAAUGAAGAUGGUUGAUCAGAUCUCGAUGGAUGGAAAAGGUCACAAGAAAACGACGUUCUGCUAAUCUGAUUAUUGCAAAGUGUCCGUCGUUCGAAUAGCUGCAGAAGCUGAAAAUAUCUUGCUAACGUACGCUGGAUAAAUCCGAUGAAAAGCUGUUCGGUGACUAGCUCUAAGAAAAAAAUGUGUCAAAUGUGUACAUAACUGUGCAGAAGCUAAAAUUAUAAUCUGAAGAUUUUCCUUUACCUUUCACUGGCCAAGCCGGAGGGAAAGAGAGUGCCGUGUCGGUGGAUCAAAUAUUUAUCGUGUGCUUCCAGCAGCAGCAGCCAAAGGAGUGUGGGGACAUUUUUUGCGCUCCAUCGGUGAAAAGUUCACAGAACAACAAAUCACAGCAAUGUCGAUAUCCAAUGGGAAAACAUCGUCCGACAUCGAAAAUGCGGAAUGGAACUCGACCGGAAUGCUGACCCACACCAGAUACGGUUCCAGCAGCAGCCAGGCAUCGCAGAGCAGCGGUGACAUUUGCCGCAUUUGUCACUGCGAAUCGGACCCGUUGAAUCCGCUGCUCACACCCUGCUACUGUUCCGGCAGUCUCAAGUUCGUGCACCAAACCUGCCUGCAGCAAUGGCUCACCGCGUCGGAAACGAAUGCGUGCGAACUGUGCAAGUUUCCGUUCAUCAUGCACACAAAGAUCAAACCGUUCAACGAGUGGCGCAGCUUGGAGAUGUCCGGUGUGGAACGGAGGCGGCUUUUCUGUGCGGUUCUGUUUCACUGUGCCGCCGCCCUCUGCGUGAUUUGGUCCCUCUGUGUGCUGAUCGAACGGGCCGCGGAGGAAGUACGCCGGGGGUUAAUUGGAUGGCCCUUCUGGACGAAGCUGGUGGUGGUCACGGUCGGUCUAACCGGCGGCGUCGUGUUCAUGUACAUCCAAUGUAAACAGUAUUUGAACCUGUGCAAUCGAUGGCGUGCGAGAAAUAGGAUUCUGUUGAUUCAGAAUGCCCCGGAGAAGUUCCAUCCGCCACAGUCGCCAGUGAUGCAGCAGUUUCGUCGGGUACGCACGGCGGCACGCUGCGGAGUAGGAGGGCCCGGACAGGGAGGUAGUGGAGGGGCGGGAAGUAGUACUAGUAACAAUUCGGUCACGAUAGGACCUAUGAUUCGAGGGUAUGACCAGCAGCUAAUCGGUUCAAUCGGUGGUGGUCAUCCAUGCGAACUGCAGAUUAAUCACCAGGGACAGAUUAUCGCUGCAAAUAUUGAGAAUAGUUCGAUAAGUUAUGAUCGUGAUUGGACUCUGGAUGAUAUAAGCCAGAUGUCGUUUAAGCCAUGCCCACAGGGCAGUGGCAGUUUGACACCGAUGCCAUUCCAUGACUCUGCACAUAACAUUUGCGAGGGAAGUGGUAGCGGAAGUGGGGUGGUUGUCGCAACUCACAGGUAUUCUGCGAUCUCCGGAUCCUCACACACUGUCCACGAGGAAGGGCAAAUGCAGCAGAAUGCCAGUAUUAACGAACAAAAUAGUGGUAGUUGUAACAGUAGCAUUAAGACGGCUGAUUUAAACUUGUUCAAAGUGCCGCAGAACGCAGAACUGAGUAGUGUUAGUAGUAGUAGUAGUACAGGAGUGCCAUCGGUACCAAACACUGCACGGUAUCCGAACUCAGCGAUAUUUCUAGAAAAUCGUGAUAUCCUGAAUGAUCCGCCGUGUCACGACCAGAUGGCAUGUCCAACAAAACCGUACAUUCGUCGCUCAACCGUUCUUGGCGGAGUUGGUAGUCACUUUAGCCACGAAGACCCUCGUCAUGACAUGAGACGGUACUCCGAUACCAAACUUUUGCAACAGCAAACGCUUAGUUUUGUAAGUGAACAACCUGCCGAGUACAGUCCUACCAAAGAACAGUUGCUUCUUAAUCCGAAGAGCAUAAUUUACGACAUGACAAAUUUUCUCGGUCCCGUUAUACCGCAAGAUUUUGAACAAAGUCCCACAAACUCCAACCAUCAUCAUCAACGACAGCAUCACUAUCACCACCAUCACAUACUUCCGGCAACGGACAGCCCUAGUCAUCUAAUCCAAACCACCGACAUCCAGUUCGAUAGCCAAUGUGAUGAAGAAUCACCUACCCCGCGACCAUCUCCAUACGAUCCGCUAGAACUUAACAUCCAGGAAAUGCUCGAACUGGACAUUGCUAAUAUCCAACGGCUACACGAGAAGAAACCCUCGCUCGGUAAUAUAUCCCAGCAGUCAUCCUCCUCGUACUACCAGGACGACCCGUCCACUCCCUGUCUGGGCAAAGCACAGUCUACAGCGUGGCCGUCUGUUUCCUCCUCAGCAUCUAAUCCUCGCCUGCCACAAGUUAGCGCUCCUACUCACAGCCACAAACAAAUGCCUCAACAACAACAACAACACAUCACCGACCACCAGCUACAGCUGGAUUCGCACCUCGAAUUAGCACCGCCACAGCUACUACCACCGCCACCACAACCACCGGCUAUGGAUAGUAGCUAUCAAAGCAGUAGCACCAAUCGACUGAAGCUGUUCAAAUCGCUGCCGGAUCUGAGUGCUAGCAGUGAAAAUCUGCUUCCACCACCGAAGCGGUUCGACUAAUGAAGUGACACAAAAAACGUUUCCUCCGUGUUGUGAACACAGUGACAGCAUCGAUCAGAUACGUGUUUAGCAAUUCCGUUUCAGCGUAGCGCCCGAACGAGAUGGUGCGUAAGCGAUGUUCAAUUUUAUCCAAAUGAUACUGAUUUAUGUUUGCCGGCAUUCAUAUGAAAAGUGUGUUAGCUCUGGAACCAAGUGAAAUUUUUUCGUUUGUAUUAUUUUAAUUUUAAGGGUAAUUUAUGACUGUUUGAAAGCUGUGUAACGUGCAGUUUAAUGGAAAACUGUUUACUGGAUCUCGGUCAUUUGGCAUAAAGUCAUUUAGCUUAACGGAUAUUCUUCGUAACAUUAAUUUAAUCUUCAGGAAAAUGGUCAUUUGGCAUAGCUAAUUUCUGGUUGUGCGAAAAGGAAGUAUCUUUUGUUUUAAUGAACACUUGACUUUUUUUAGUUUUCAUGAAAACGAUGAUUUGGCAUAAUGGCAUUAGUUUAUGUGCCAGACGAUUUCUAAGCACGUAAAUCCAAUUUCAUGUUUUUUUUCUAAAAUUUGUGAGGCUAAGUUCUUCGACUUGAGUUCGAUUUGCGAUUGCCCUGAAAGCGCUUUGUUUGAAUCUGUCGAACAAAGUGCUUUCAGGGCAGCCUGACUGUCAGAGCAAAAAUAGAUUCUUUUACCGCAAAUUCCCUGUUGAAGUGCCGAUAUACGCCACACAGAAUCGCAAAGAUUUCUGUUUGAAAUACGGUGCAGUAUCUACCAAGCGAAUGAAUGAUAGUUUAAUUUCAUUUCACGACAAUAGAGCACCAGCACCGGCUCGGCCCUCCAACAAAGAAUCGUCAGUAUUACAAACUACGCAUUCUUCAAGUUGUCGUUCCAUCCAGCCAGACAGUUAUUCCUCGCGAAGAAGAAUUCUCACAUUGAAAGUUCUAAAAGGAAAACUACAUGUGAGUGUAAGGUCACUGGGAGCAAGUGUAUACUCAUCCCAAGUAAUUAUUUGGGGCCACAGUCUUGUGUGGCUAGUUGCACGAUCUAUUGGGUUACUGUUCUAAAACCCAGUACCUUUAAAACGGAAUGCACAAGAAAGUGCUUCUUGUUUCAGAAUCACAUAUAGUGGUUAUAUGUUCAAGAGUGCCUUUAGAUCAGCAGUAGAUGUUGUCAAGGACGCACCAGUCAUCGCCAUCAAGCACAUCCUCAUCCUCUGAGAUGGUUUAACUUUGAUUGUAUUGUCAUAACUUCUCCCUUCUGCCACCAAACAAGGCAAGUAUGCCAGUAUUGGUCAUUGGACAAUUGUUGUGUAGAUCCACUGAAUGUACUUGGGUUUGAGUCCCUAAGAUUUACCGAAAGCCCGUCUACAUUCGCUUAAGGUCAUACAAGUUUUCUUGAUUCUGGAAUUGAUGUGAGCCGACGUCAGCGCUUUGAGCUUCGUAUCCUUCAAAAUUGGAGCUCACCCAAGGUACCGUGGCCUCAACGCAAGGCAUACUGUCCAGGGAAUUCGCUGACAAAUUGCAAACUGAUACUAUUUACAUGGAUAAACCUGCGGCCUUGGACAAAAUUAAUUUUGAGAUCGCAAUAGCGAAGCUGGACAAACUAAGUAUUCGUGGACAACUUCUGCGUUGGCUUCGUUCCUACAUCGAUGGAAGGCAACUCCACAUCAGGCAACUCCACCUGCGCCAUUUCUUGCUACAUCCUGCAUCCCGCAAGAAAGCAAUCUCGGCCCAGUAAUAUUCUUCCUCUACUUUAAUGACGUCAGUGUGAUUGUGGAUUGUAUUUGAUUAAAAUCGUACAUCGCACAGACUAAAAUAACUAUAAUCUAACUAUAAACUGUUUUUAAUUUCAACGAAGAUUCGAUCGAAGAUAAUUCGAAGAUACUUAUACUAAAAUCAAAAAGAGGAUAAACGCUGUGGAAGAGUUGUCGGCAAACAUCCGUUGGAUUAUUCUGGCCACACAGCGUGCGAUGAGUUGAGGGCCGGAAAAAAUCAACCUUCUCGAAACGUUGAAAUCAAGCUUUGCUAAUGGUGCUGGGAAUCUAUGUUGCCUGUAAGCAAGGCGAAGAAGUGUUAUUACCGAAAAAUCGCCUAUUUCACUGCAUAGGGAGAUGGAUGAGAGCGCCGCGAUCUUCGUAUGGAGGCUGCAGUAAUCGAUUUUGCCAGGGGAGCCGAUGAAGCACAAAUCUGAUGAAAUUCUUCUGUACCCGUUCGAGACGAUUAAUGUGGACGGUGUGAUACGGUCCACGACUGAUAACUCCAUAUUCCAGAAUACUGCGUACCAGUGCGAUGUAUAGAGAUUUUGGACAAUAAACAGCAUUGAAAUCAUGAGAGUCCCAGUACAGCGUAGGAUUUGCUAUGCCGAAGAAAAACAUGUGCGGUAAGUCGUAGUUUACGGUCGAGGGUGAUACCUAGAUCCUUGACGGAUUGUACUCGUGUGAAAGUGAUUAUGCUGCAUUUCUGAAUGUUCAUACUCAUCCCAUUUCUGUGACACCAAUCCAUGGCCCUUUCGAGGUCCAUUUGCAAUGCGCAAUAGUCCACCAUAGUUGUUAUAAAUAACACGAUAAAUUUUUCGAUCAUCUUCGUCCAUGCCUUUAGACGAUGACAAUUCUCUGCAGAUAUCGUUCACGAAGAACACAAAAUCAGAGGUCCGAGAUGGCUUCCUUGAGGAACGCCUGAUGUAAUGUGGAGUGGAUCUGAGAGUGUAGUUCUAAUGCUGCGAUUUGAAAGGUACGAUGUGAUUCAUUUUGUCAGCCAAUUCGGAAGUCCAUUGCGUCUUAGUUUUCCCACAGCAAGUUGAUAAGGAACACGGAACACUUUCGAAAGUUUUCGAAAAAUCAACACCUGGUUCAUAUGCUUUGCACUCCUCUAUCUUCAUUGGCGAAACAGAUUUCAGCUGCCGAGCAACGAAAACCGUUGCCGGUUAAUACAGUUCGACAUUUUGGGCAUCCAGAGGGCUUACAGUCUGCCAUAGUUGAAUGCUCUGCAAUCCUCAAAUGCAUGGGUCAUCAAACCCACACUCGCGCUCUACGUAAUAACUCUUCCCUGCGAUUACUUUUCUCGAGAACCAACUAUGGUCAUGAGAGUACUGUUACCAAACUUCAGCGUAUUUAUACUUGACGAGUAAUUCGAUAAAAGCUAAAACAUUGUCAGACUCAUUAACGUUCACUCUGUAUUCGGCAUUUUGCAACGAAAAUUUGAGAAAAUAUUGUUCAAUUGUUGCAUUAUUAUAUGGAAAUUGAAUGAAUAUUCUAACACACCACCAUUUUUGCAUCACCAAAAAUAUUUUGUUUUAUGAAAUGUCUUUUCACCGAAUUAAACUUACCCCUGAUCGUCUGCGAAGGACAUGCGUGGAGUUUUCAACACUGUCUCUCGAUCUGCGAGGAAGGAUUGAAACAAUGGCAAAAACUAUCGUUGAUUCCAAAUUUCUUCAUUUUGGUGAUUGUGACACCUGACUGGGAAGAGUGUUCAACCUUCGUUUCAAUGAAGACAAUGAUGUCAAAACUCAUCGGAAACUGCAGAGCGAAAUUUCUCAACGGGUGAAUUGAUACCACCAACGUUUUGGUAGUAUAGUAGCAGCUUGUCACGUCGUUGACCAAGGCUGCAAAUCGAAUAGCUUUGAGGUAAGGAAGAACUCACAGAUGCUUUAUACUUACUUGCUAUAGGUUUGCGAAAGACCUCUUUUUCCAACUAAAGAGCUAACAGGCUUCUUCACGACUGGUGAUAAGUGUGCGUCCCGGUAACCAUAGGUACGAGAUUCAGUGGGACGUAUCCAAUGCAGCGAGGCUAGGCCUCUCGAAAGCGUAACUGCGGGUAGAAAAAACGGCAUCUGCUACCGGUGCGAAUCUCAUCAAUUCACGGGAAUCGGAGAACAUUUCACCGCUGGAGACGUUUUGAGUGCAACGUCCGUUAGUCUACUCGGAAGCCUCGAAAGAAAAAAUUAUGUUUUGCGAGAUCCGCAACCUUUUUAUCCAACAAGAUAGCUUUGAGUGUGUCCCAUACUCCAAGGCAUGAUGUGGUCAUAGCGACUAUUUUCUCCACAGUGUAGCUCGCGUCGAAGCCGCUCAGAUAGACCCACAUUUGCUCCCGCUCAUCAGCAGUUUGGAUUUUCCGCUGAUUAGUUAUAGCAACGACUUUAUAGUAGGUACCUGGGACCGGCAAUGGCCAGUCAUUGCGAACCGGACCUAUCUUGACGAUUUUCAUUUUAUUGAAAUGGGUAAUGUUGCAUAUGCAUAUUUAUAUUAGACAGUGGAAAAUUAAUGCCGAAUAUAUUUAUUGAAAUUUUUGAGGAGUAUUUUUUGAAUAAUCAAUGAGAUAAUUAUUUCAUAAAAUUAGUAAAACACUAUGAAAAACUUGCCAACACCUUGUGUGAAUAAGAUUGAAGAUUGUAAGAUAAAUAAAUUGUAGAUUGAGUCAUUUUUAAGUAGUAAUUGUAGAAUAUUUUAUUAAUUUAUUCUUUUGUUGAUAUUUUAAUUCAUUUGUGAGAAGAUAUUAAGUUAGCAUACUUCUUGUGUCGUACUUCUUCUUUCUUGCUUUUCUUGUGCCACUUGUCUUAAUCUUAAAUUGUAUGAAACAUUUGAUUAUCUUACUUUUAAGCUUGUGACAGUUUUCAAUUGUUAACUCAAAUGCGUUCAGCUGAUUUUCCAGAUUGAUCAUGGAUUCCUUCGAUAUUGCUCCGCUGAUUUCUGUGAACUGUUCCUUCCAAGCAUAUUCCAUGCAAACAAAUAAAUGGAAAAUUUGUCGCGAUACGUAAACAUACGCUUUUCGUCUCGUAUUCGCUAGUAGACUAGAAUACUUUCCGUAUGAUUUGUUGAAAGGAAUCUUGGUAGCGCAUGGAUUAUAGCAAAUCUCACAGGUUUUUAUAUUGUUUUCCAAUGCUCCCCAUUAUGUAUCCGGAGAUAUGAAAUAAUGCAUUAGCUUCGGAGUUGUCAUAACAUUGUAAAAUGUCGAGGGCCCUAUGAGAAAUAUUCAUUCCACCAUGCUUUGUAGACUGCGUGAUAUUAUGAGCAAGACCUUUCCUAUGAGUUAGAGAUUCUUCCACUUUCUUCUGUUGAACAUGUUCUAUGAACCCCGAGAGAUAAUGACUAUCAUCCAUAUCGUAAGAGCUUCCUGCGACCUCUUGCAUAUAUUGCGAAAUUGUGAUAGUUCGAAGGUGGCUACGAAACUGUAGUGGAGUUGGUCGACGCUGCUUUAAACGCAUAACCGAAAAUAGCCUCUCUAAGCAAUCCUGCGUAAAUCUGGAUGUAUAAACUUCGGUAAAUUUAUAAUUAUCGAUCAAUAUAUUUUGUAAACGGAGGACUGCUUUGUGUCGACAUAAUGAGUGCCGCUUGCCGUGGUUUCCAAUGACCCUUAACUCCAACCUAAAGAAACCAUAUUAUUAUCAAUACAGUCCAACAACUUGAGCUUACCUUGAGAUCAGCAAUCAAAGUGACCAUUGUGCUCAAAUCAAGUUUUUUUUCUUGAUUUGAUGGGUUCAAUGAGUUAUCGGUUGAUCUGGACGUCAUGAGAUCGUACCAUUUCUCGAGAUCUUCGAUAAAAGCAGCAGUUGUUUUCAAAGAUGGUUGAUCGAUUUGAUCCGACACACAGCUGCCACUUGAUAAGUGCAGUAUUUUGUCUAAUUGCAAACCUUCAUUUUAUCUACUUUUCAAGUUGUCGAAAUCUACAUCAGUUGGAUACAAGUUAUACGCCAUUUUCAAAUGCUGAUUUUCUUCGGCUGCCACCAGAUGUUUGAGAUGUUCCCUGUCGACUUUGCUAGAGCUUACCUUUUUGCCUGCUAUAUACCAUGAAGGUAAUUCUAUGCUCGCGUUUGAUAUCCACUCGUUCACUAUAUUUUUGAAUACGUGAACAGGGUCAGGGAUGAACUGUAUUGUGCGAUUUGAAUGUACAGGAUGAAUCACUGAUAAGUCCUGUGCGAUGGAAUCUUUUCUACCGUUGAUGUUAUGGUCAAUCCACAUACCUUUAUUGGAAGCACCACAGUCGGAAGUGACGAAGUGAAUACGCAGACCAAUGCUUUCCGAGUUCGCGAUAAUCGUGUCGAUCAUUAUCUUCGGACACCCCUUUGGAAUAGAGUUACCCGUAAACUCAUACGCUAUAUCCUGCUUCCACCUAGCUUUCAACCCUACUAACAUGAAUACCAGGCCGUGGGUAGCUAGAUCACUACUUGGUAGCAUUGUGACUGUCCCCAAAAACUUUUCAUUGUUUGGGCAGUACUCGUUAGCCUCAUCAAUGCUCAUUUCCUCCAGAAUGCCACAGUUGAGCUCAUCUUCGCUCAUAGCAGCUAUUUUCAGCUUAAGAACAUCAAAGAUUUCAAAUAAAAACCCUAAAAAAGGAAAACAUUUCAUGUUUCAGUUGUGUUAACCUAAAAAAGAUCUGUAAAUCACCUGUAUCAAAGUGAAUCGUUUGAAUUUUAUCCAUCAAACAUCUGUAGCUUGGCAGGACCACAUAUGGAAGCUGUCGUAUCAUUUCAUACCCUUUACCGGUGACAAAUCAAACUUUCAAGCCUUCCAUCAUCAAUUCAUUAGACCAUUUUUGACUCUUUGCACUCUUGCAGUGAUAAUAUCUCGUUGGUCUUUCCGAAACACUGACUUUAGCCUUUUAAUUGUUGAGGUUUCACUUUGCGUGUCGAGGUACUUAUUUUUCCAAUGCAAUGUCUCUGAUUUCCAUUUCUUGGCUUUGUUUUUCCACAUAUUGGUAGAUCUGAUAUAAAUAGAUUUGUUACUAUUUACAUAGUAUAUGAUUACUAUAUACAACCUUAAGCAUUGGAAGUGGCUCUCCGUUGAUUUUUUUUAAUCGACUAAUAGGGUUGCUUGGUUGCGAAUCUUUAAAAAUAGCACUUUCAUCGACAUCCAACUCAGCCUCUUCAAAACAGGGAUUUUGAGGAAUAAAAUCAGCAUACGUAUGAUCUACCAAUGCUGGGGACGAAUAUAAUGGGAGAGAUUUGUUCUGCUCUGGAAAAGACACAUCAUCUUCCGAGUCGGAUUUCAGCAGGGAAGCGUUUAUCGUUGGCACAGCCUUUUUUUCUUUGUUCUAUUACCAUUGGUAUCCCAAUCAUAAUCAAUAUCGCAAAAGUGUGCCUGAGGAAACAUAUACGAAUUUACCUUUUCUUUGUGAAAUGUGUUAAAUGCAAUAAUUCGGUUCUAAUCCACUACUUACGCUACAGAUUCUUGUGCUUUCCUUUAUUUCAUCGAUUUGAAUACAAGCAAACGCGGCCCAUAGCGAUCGAAUACGGGGAUCCUGUGGAAACCGGAAAAACUGAUACUCCGGAUGACAUUUUCGGUUCCGUUCACCCGACAACGCAUAGUAACUAUCAGAGCAAAUUUUAAUACAAUCUUCAAAUGGAAAUCGUUUUUGACAAUUUGAUUCACGGAAAUCAAAAAUUACAUCAAAUUGUCUGCGUUGACUUUGCCUGCUUUAAUAUUGCCUACUUUGACUUUGCUUGCUUUGAAUAUUGUGCAUUCCACGAGACGUUUGCUUGACAAUUCACAGGUGCGUUUGGCAACUAAUUUACUUUGUUCAAGCUACUGAAAUCAGAAUUACCCUUCCGACCGACAUAUUUCGUUGGUCCCAAAAACUGCACGCGUUCAUAGACGUUUUCUUAUUCUUUUUUUUCUGUUUGUUUAAGCUAACGAAUUCGAUUGAUAAAUCAACGUAAAAUGACAUUUGCUGUGAACCGUGUUUACAAACAUCGAUUCACAGUUUUGGUGGCACUGUUUGUGAAUACGGCUCACAGGAAAACUAUUUUAUGUCAGUUGACUUCGCCAUCGCGCACUGGAUAGUUGGUUAGAUUGAAUCAACGAUUUUGUGAAAUGCCUAAUUGCGGUUAGUCUCCACUUCAGAGAAGAGGAGACAACCGUGGGAUAAUUUGAAUCAUUAAAAACCUUUAUAUUGAACCAGCUUCUGAUUGAUCAGUUUGUUAAUCGCGAGCGAACCGCAAUGUUGUAAAGGAUUAUAUAGUACAAUGUGCCAUACAUUCUAUAUCAGCUACGAUAACACGAUAUAAGAAUGCGAUCCACAGCCAUACAGAAUCAAUUCGCUCGUUGCUACAAUGCGUGUAACAUCGUAGCACACACGGCUCACAUAUACUGGGCUAACUCGUUAGAGUGUAAACAUUUGACGAUUGGGCGUCAUAGAAAUCGUCGGCGAAAAUAAUUAAAUGAAGUUCACAAGGAAGCUAUGCCGAUGUCCAUAACCUAUGCUGGGAAUAGGAAAUAACAGAUACGUUUACUAUGGCAUGCAGCCAAAUACCCAAAAUUUCGUUACUAAUCACAUGGCUGCACUGAUUAUAUACUGUGUUUAGUGUAAUUAUGGCGUAAAUUACGUCAAUAAUUCGUUGCACAUUGAUUUUUGUCACCGUAAGAGUUUAAAUAUUUUCAAUUAUCAACUUUCCAGAAAUCCGUUUGUUUAUCUCAACGAUUUCUCUGACGUCACUGCAAAAUGGCGAUUCGCGGAGUAGCAAGUCGCGCUACUGUCAAUUCAAAAACAGCCAACAAAGUGCUGUUAAAUGAUCAUAGUAACCUCCGCGUUUCCCGCAGGGAGGAGUACAGAAAAUUUAGAACUAGAAGCCCCUUUACCCCUUAUUUCGGGUUGCCAUAGCAAAAAUAACCUGAACAACUGAAUCAACAUAUGAAACAUUGCGUUCAAAUUUGUCGAAAAUAUUGUGUGCGAUGAGAUUAGUUUAACUUUCUCAGCAAAAAGGUUAUGCAAUUGCUCUGUUUAUAUCAGACCGGUGAAAUUGAUUAAUCGAUUGCGCUCUAUUAGUCUAUGACAAGACAAAUUCAAAAUUCUUGUAAACAGUUAUUUGAUUUUCGGCUCUAGGUAAAAAUCAAUGUCUCUAGAUAAAAAUAGGUAUAAAACUCUACUACUUGGCAGUUGCGGAUGAUGAAACUAUAAUCAGAUUAUUCAUACGAAUGAUAACAUAACAAUGAUAAUUUAUGUCAUGUGAAAGCUACUUCAUUUUCCGUAUAUCAUCGGCACAACUCUGUACCUCAUCUGCACAGCUCUAUCAUGGACCUUUGCUUGAAAUUAUAUUGUGAGCGAACUUUUCCUUGCAAAAUAACAACAAAACCGAGAUGGAAAAAGAAGACCAUGCGAAGACGUCCCGUCCCAGGUACACAGAAAACUUGCAUUACCUAGCAGUAGGUAAUUUUAAAUCUGUGCAUCCCACUUCCUCCAACGAAAAACUAAAGAGAGGGAGUCCAAAUUUACCCAAAAAUAAUGAAAUAUUCCCCAAAGCCGACUAAACUUCAUCCCAUUAAUUUUGAGUAAGAAAAUCAUUCCCUCUCCCUCGUUUUCCGGCAGUGAAAUAAGGACAGCAAAUUAAAAUUACCUACUGGUAGGUAAUGGAUUUUAAGUGUGUAGGUACCACAGCCAGCGGGUGCAAUAAUGCGCUAUUCUCAUGACUUAAUUUUGGAGCUCCGGAAAUUUGAGCUUCGACUUCGUCUUAUCAAUAUCGCGGCAGAUCGACUUGGUCGCCUGAUAUACGAUUAAUUCAUAAAUGGAAUCACACCUGUAUUCACAAGAUGAAUAUGUAUGACAAAACUACCGUUAUGCUAAAUAUACAUCAUGCCAAAUGACUCGUUUUUUCCGUUUCUUACGGGGACGACAAGUAGUCCAGGUUCUGCAAAAAUGUGUCGCCAUCUCUUGUAUUGUAUCGAAGGAGGUGUGAUGGUGGAAGUGACGAGGUUGAUGAAUUCCUUCGCCUCAAGGGUUUAACUUUUUUUUCAAUCUUAACUAGUGAAUCCUAAUAUAGGGCAAGCCUUUCACUGAUGAUGCUACUUAAAUUACCUACUUGAAGAUAAACUUUACAAAUCACACCGAUAAAACAGUUAGGGGGUUACAUACCUUAGAACUCGGUGAAAGCCAGUGUUUUUUCUUGAUUCAUAUAGUGUUUAGCAAAAGUUUAACACACUACCAGCUAAUAGAACAUGUUUUCAUUUGUUAUGCAAAAAUUGACGAAGCCCACGGUUCACAGUGGGAGUGGGUGAUCUUUUUGACAAACAAAUCUUUUAGCACUAUGAGUAUAGAGUUCUAUGCAAACGAUUUCACCCACACUACUUGGGGGUUUGUUUUCCUCCAGUUGACAUAUAUAAAGCUGACAUAUAUAAAACUGAAACAUUUGAAUUAGCUCUCGUAAAGUAUUUAUAAUAGUGUUGAAAUGCUCUAUGUCGCUGUAAAACUUAUUCGGGGGACGUACAAUUCCGGUUGGUCAUAUUCCAUCAUGAAAAUAAUCCGACCGAAAAGUUAUUUUCGAUUUGUUUUCCUCCAUCUAUUACAGGUGGAGGAAAACAAACCGUUUAACACACUAAUACAGUUACAGAUUGUCAAGUACUCUAUCCCGGUCAAACCAUUCGGAAUUUGAAUCGGAAUCCUGAAUGGAGUCAGUAUGGAUUCCAAAUCAAAUGCAACAACCGAUUCUGAGUCGGAAUCGGUUGUUGCAUUUGAUUUGGAAUCCAUAAUGGCUCCAUUUAGAAAUCCGAACCGGUUCCGGAAUGAGUUUAACUGGGAUGUAUCCUGGAGAUUUGCUGUCUUCAACCGUUGACGUUAACGUUCUUAGGGGCGUUUUGGUGUCAUGACGAUUAAUAUUCACUAUUUUCACAUCCUUUUUUCUACAAACCCAUGGAAAUGUGUUCUAUUCGAUGCUUCUCAAUUGAUUUUUAUGAAAAUUCAACUAUUGACUUAACAAAAUGCGUUUGUAUUGAGCCGUUCUGUCGCUUUAAUUUGAGGGGUGACAAAUUGUUUACCUGGAAAAUUUGGAGGUAAAUAAACGGCCUAAAAUAACAAAAACACUGAAUUCCACCGCUUUUCUAAGGAAGGAACCUCUGAAGGCCAUAUCGACAUGAGCAGGAAUAUGUACUCUAAACUAUUCCCCAUUCCAGAUACUCUGCCGUACCUUGGUUAUUUCAAAUCCACUCUCUCUUAAUUAUUUUACUUUUCUCCAAAAGCUUAGCUAAACAAGUCCAGUAUAGCCCCUAUCCCGUCGAAUUAUUCGUCAUCGUUACGAAACAUCCCGUGACAUUAGUACAGAACAUAUUUCAGUUAGUUUCCGUCUAAACAGAUGAAACCUUUUUGUGAUAUUAUCCCGAAGCAGCCAUUUUUGUGUAGUUUUCGAACGAGAAAAGCCACCCGUUUUACUUAAAGAAAGAAUGUAUAAAAUAAUCAAUCAUACUUUAGUAGAGAAAACCCCCAGCAGUGGGAAAACUUGACACGAACGUUUGUUGUGGUUUUUUGCGCGCGCGUGUACUUCAAUUAAUAGCAGAAAAACACAUGAAAAUAAGCAUUUUAAACAGAGAUAUUGAAUACUGUUAGAGAACAGAUGUUAAUCAAAGCUGAACUUAAGCAACUUUCUGAAAGAACGGAACAGGGCGUGUGUUAUGGUUUAAAAGAAAAACACGAUAAAAUCGAAUGAAUGGGUGUGUCCCCACGAAUAAAUUGUGUGUAGGUUACGGCCAGUAUAGUUCAAGAUGGUGUAAGCAAGAGGACAUAGUUUGUAACUUAUGAUAGUAACUUGUAAAUUAUAAAAAAGCAACGGUGUCACAAUAAUGCAGUUUUUAAUUGACCGUUUAAAAUAAAGCUACCUACAAUACAUCGGAAAGCAUCA